CGGCGGCAGCGGCAGCGGCGGCGAGGGAGGAACUUGUUGCGCUCGCGGCUGCGCGGUGCCGCUUUCUCCGCUCCAGUUCGCCCUGGCGGGCGCGGUGCUACCAGCAGCGGCGACGGAGACGGCAGAACGCAGCCGGGGCGAUGCGGCGCUACCUGCGCAUCGUGGUGCUGUGUCUGGCCUGCGGCUUCUGCUCGCUGCUUUACGCUUUCAGCCAGCUCGCUGUGUCCCUUGAGGAAGGAGCGGGCGGCGGUGGCGGGAAGCCGCAGGCCGCAGUGGCUUCCUGGCUAGCGGGCGGCGGACGCAGCACCCUGAGAGGCGCGGGCCCCGUGGCGCAUCCCAGCGGGUCGGACAGGUGUAAAGAUUUCUCUCUGUGUUACUGGAAUCCCUAUUGGAUGCUGCCCUCUGAUGUUUGUGGAAUGAACUGCUUUUGGGAAGCGGCUUUUAGGUAUAAUCUGAAAAUACAGCCUGUUGAGAAAAUGCAUCUAGCUGUAGUUGCCUGUGGUGAAAGACUGGAAGAAACUAUGACCAUGUUGAAGUCAGCUAUCAUUUUCAGCAUCAAACCUCUUCAAUUCCAUAUUUUUGCUGAAGAUCAGCUACAUCAGAGCUUUAAAGGCAGACUUGACAGCUGGUCAUUUCUACAAACAUUUAAUUAUACGUUAUACCCCAUAACUUUUCCAAGUGAGAAUGCAGCAGAAUGGAAAAAACUCUUCAAACCAUGUGCUUCGCAGAGAUUGUUCUUGCCGUUAAUCCUGAAAGAAGUUGACUCACUAUUAUAUGUCGACACUGAUAUCCUUUUUUUACGACCAGUUGAUGAUAUUUGGUCUUUCCUAAAGAAAUUUAAUUCUACACAAAUUGCUGCAAUGGCACCAGAACAUGAGGAACCUCGAAUAGGAUGGUAUAAUCGCUUUGCUAGGCAUCCAUACUAUGGAAAAACUGGAGUAAAUUCUGGAGUUAUGUUGAUGAACAUGACUCGAAUGAGAAGGAAAUAUUUCAAGAAUGAUAUGACAACUGUACGACUACAAUGGGGAGAUAUACUUAUGCCAUUGCUUAAAAAAUACAAACUAAACAUCACAUGGGGUGAUCAAGAUCUAUUGAAUAUCAUGUUUUCUCAUAAUCCAGAAAGCCUUUUUGUUUUUCCGUGUCAAUGGAAUUAUCGACCAGAUCAUUGUAUAUAUGGAAGCAAUUGCCAAGAAGCAGAAGAAGAUGGAAUCUUUAUUCUUCAUGGGAACAGAGGUGUUUACCAUGAUGAUAAGCAACCGGCAUUUAGAGCUGUUUAUGAAGCACUGAGAAAUUUCUGGAGGCUUGGAAGUCCAAGAUCAGGGUGUGGGCUGAUUCCUUUCCUGGUGAAGUUUCUCUUUUUGGCUUGCAGAUAUCGGGUCUUGCUGUAUUGCACACGAUGGUCUAUAGCUCCUAGACUCAAGCAAUCCUCCUGCUUCAGCUUCCCAAGCAGCUGGGACUACAGGUACAUGUCACCACUCCUCGCUCAGACAUUUUUCUUUUGACUCCAUCUUCAAGUAGCCCCAUCUCUUUGAAAAGUGCUUUUUGAAAAUUGUUGUACUCUUUUGUUUUUAGAGAGGCACUCUUUUUUUUUUUUUUAUUAUGGUAAGCUGUUCUAUUUUGUUUUGAAGAGAGUAUUUCUAGUUUGUCUUUGUUUUUCUUAGUUUCAUCAUGCACAGACUGAGAGUCUUAUGCUUUCAGUGGAAGCUUUACAAUUGCACAUCUGGUUGCUCAUUGCAACCUUUAUGGGCGUAGUCCUGUCUAGAUGUAAAAAGUUGAACACAGAUUUGUUUUGUUGCAUAAAUUAAAAAUUGAGUCAUUGAGUUUGAAUACAUAAAGGAUUUAGAUUUCACUUUUUUUGAAAUGUAAAAAACCAGCAUCAUUUAGAAUGAAGUAUGUAUUUCAGUACUUAAGAAUAACAUAGUUUACCAGAAUACUGAAAAUGGUAUCAUAAACACUAAGUACCAUACUAUCAGUUUUUGAUUCUCUUUCCUCUUCUUUUUUGUCUUUCUGCUUCCUGAGCUCUUAAUUCAGAUUUGUAAAAUGACACGAGUGUGGCUGAAUUGUGAAUUAUGUAGACCCUCAUGACUGCACCUGUGAAUUUGACCACUUUUUAGGAGCACCUUUUAUUUCUUUAAGGAAGUGCUUGCUUACAUUUAAGCAACUGACUUAAAAAUUGGCUUUUUGCAAUGCACCAUGUCUACUAGUCAAUGUUUGAAAAUAUUAAUUUUAUAUAUAGUUCUUACACUACAGUAAGAAAAGUUGGACGGGGACUUAACUGGUGAACAAGGAUAAGAAUCUAAGCCUUAACAACCAAUCUGACAGCCCCUAUUGAAAACUUAUUUGAGCUAGUGAGUUCUGCCAAGUGAUGGUGUUCUUUUAUAAAACUCAUGUCACAAACUAAAACAUUUGCCCAAAUUAACCUCUCAUAAAUCUAGCCUCAGGCGUGAAGAAACAUCUAUGUAAAGAUUGCAUUCACAAGGGAUGUCAUUCCCCAUCAUAUCCAUGUCAGUGUACCUAUCCUUGAAUUUUUUUAAGCAUUAGGGUGAGCUAUAUGAAAUUGCUUUGUUUUUGGCAAAAAAGUAGUCAAGCAGCAGCAGUUUCUUAUGGCAUAACCUAUAAUUUGUUUACUGAAGAUGUUAUUUCUAACAUCUUUUUCUUUCCAAAUAUUUUUGGGAAUAUUAUAAUAAAAAAUAAGCAUAGUUUACCUGUUUCAGUCUGUCCUACUUGAAUUUAUUAAUUGAAGCUGAAUUAAUAAAUAUUCACUGGAAUCAGAUAUUGGGAGAAAGUGGCCAAAGGAAGCAGCCUCUGGGUAUCACUGUCCAGGUCCCCAUCAGAGUAUGUUUCCAGAAUCUUAGGAAUGGCAGUACCAUAGGUGAGGCGUCUGAGGUGUUUGUGGCUGUUCCUUGACAUCCUGUUCACCAUUUUUUGUCUGGUCAUAACACACAAGCUCCAAACCAUCUACAUUACAAAGCCAAUAUCUAGUCCUAAACAGCACGUUUUCAUUCAUCAUUGAAAGAAUCUUGGUGGCCUGCUUUCGGCACUGAAAAUAGACUGCAUUAAAAUAGAAUUACAUACCAAGUGCAAUUAAGAACAAACCAGGCAACUUGGUGCAAAGUUUCAGCUUUUUUAGGAAAGCAAGACUUAUUUUGAACUAUUUUCUUUAAAUUCUAUUGUUACUGUAAAAAUAUUUACUUUAAUAACUCAAAAGAUGCUGUUUCUUUUAUAACAUAGUUGAAUACAUUUUUCUUCUGCAACAGUUCUUUUUAUAUUUGUAUAACUAUCCGUUUGUGUGUAUGGCAUUAAUUUUAUGAUACUUAAAAUGAAUGUGAGGGAAAGCACUGUAAUUGGGGUCAGAUACUUUUAUUAUGAAAUGCACGCUGUAGUUCUAUAAAGUGCAUACAUUAAAACAUUAUAAACUAGGUUAUACAUUUCAUUUUUGUCUGAAAUCAGACAAAUUUUAUCCAGAAUAUCAGGCACAAAGAAAAUAAAAAUAAAUGCAAAAACUUGCACUAUAACAAAUAAAUCUCAUCAUGUAUUCCUUUAUACUGGAGAGAAUUGCUUUUCAAAGGAGUCCAGGUCCCACUGGAAGGACCCUUCCAUACACCAUGCAAUUUCUAGCAGCCUCGGCUCUCCCCUCGACGGACAGCAGAUGGCGCUGCGCUUCCCUUUUUGCCGCCUCGGUGACGGGACAGGAACCCAACUUUGGCAGAGCUGAGUUGAAGAUUGCAAGCUACCUAUUUGGAGCUAGGUGAGCAAUGGAAACUACGCAUUUAGAAUCACAAUUUACCUCGCUUCAUACUGAUUUGCGCUCUGGAGGACGUGCAGUUUCUGUUAUUCGUGAUCCAGAGGGCUGCGUGUGUUGGAUUAACCGGGCUCAUACCGCUUCCACACUGCUUGUCAGGAGAAGGUUACUCAGGGCAGGUUGAAAGACUGUUCUUAGCAGCACUCAACCAACAUCAGCAAACGGACAUUCCCUUCUUCCUCACAACCAGUUUGUAUUUAUGAAAGAUCCCUUGGUGCUCUUUAGUGGGCUGUGGUGACAAGAUGUGAUUUGUAACUUUGAGAAGUUUGUGGUCAAGAAGGUGACCUACAGAUAUUCAGUCAAAACUAAAUAACCACAGCUAUGCUUCUCUGUGUUUCUGCUUCAUACACUAAUUGUGUUCAGGGCUCCCCAGCAAUCUGUCCUCUCUUUAGUCUUUUGGUCUGUACCUGCUUUCUUCUUCUAAGUCUGUUCCUUUGGGUAAAUUUGCAUGUGUUGACCUUGGCAAACGGAUAUAUUUAGCUUUGUUUUCUUAAAUAACUUUAUAGAAAUGUUUUUUAGUGGGAAAAUAAUGACAUUGAGUAUAAUAAUCAUGUAGUUUUCAUCUAGUUGGGAUCUUAGGGAUUAUUUAAUGCAACUGAUUAAAUAAUACUGUGAGAAAGUGAUGCCUACCCAUGUGCAAUGUCGUGCUCAGUUCACACACAGGCAGAGUGAGAACUCUGACCCAGGUUUCCUGAGCAUCAGUCUAAUAACCCAUCUGACGUUAUGCUCGACUGUAUUUUUAAACAGGGUACAGAUCAUAAAUGUCAAGGUUAAUUUAUCUCCCUGCCAUGCAGCUCAUGGAUGGAUUUUGGUCACACUCAUUGCAUAGCCAUAUGUGCAAAUUCCUCCCCACCAUUCCCCCCAGUCAGUGGCUCGGUUCUCUUUGCUGCUGUUCCCUUUUGUCACACCUAUGCCAGGCACUAGCCCUGUUGUGCUGGAGCUUCCUCUCUAGACUAUGAGGUUGUCGGGAACAGUCGUGGUGUCUCUCACUCAUGUUUGUGUUCUCUGUGUCCUGCGUAGUGUCCAACAUCUCAUAAGCGCUCGGAAAUGUUGACUGAAGGAGUGAACUUUUGAUGGAGACUACCUUGAAAGUGGCAAACCAGGGUGCGGUGGGAAGCCCUCCUCAGGCUCUGAACAUAGAGACACACUGGAAAUAUAAGAGAAAGCCUUAAAUGUAGAGCUAAGCUUGAAAGUGAGAAAAGACACUCUUACAUGCUAAAAACAAAACAAAACAAAACCAAGCAACAGCCAGAAUUCAGAAUGCUGCAGAGUAGAAGCAGAACAGGACUGGAAUAGGCAGCAGGAAAGGAGACAUUUUCAGCAGGAUGAAUUGCAAGUGAGUUUAUAUCCACAGACCCUUACAUGACAGGGAACCAUUCUAUCUUUGUACCUGAGCUUUGUUUUAUAUCUAGAUGCAAGGCCCCAGCACCAGGGCACAAAAAGUUGAAUAAUGACUGCAUGCCCUGGAAAUCCCUUCUUUUGUGGAGCUCAAAGGUACCACAUAAGCUUCUUUGGGUUUAUAUAUUUUGAAGGAUAACUGAUGCUAGAGACAAUCUAAUAAGUCAGUGAAGGACAGGGGUCCCUGAAGUCACUUUAAACAACUGUGGCCUCUACAGGAAACAAAGGGAAAACAAGGAAAAACCCUAAAUUAGCCAACAGGCUGUUUAAUAAACCAAUUGUCUUAUUCCAGACGAUGCUGCCCAUUUACCUCAAAGUGUAGUUUAUGGAUGUUUGUCAUCCUGUUCUUUCCUUAUUUGUGUAGUGGGAAAAAUUUGCAAUCACAAAAUAAGUUCUGUAAAAGAUUUCAUAUUUCAUUGAAAAACUUCAACAGAAACAUGAUUGUGAGUGCCCUAUAUCCCAGGGUUUGUCAGAAAUUUAUUUAGAGCCAUUAUUGGGGCUCUUUCCACCUCCCUUGGGUUGUAUAAUAUGGUUUGGAUUUCUGUCCCCACCCAAAUCUCAUGUUGAAUUUGAGGAAGCUCCUGGU